UGUUGUUGUUGGUAUUUAUUGUUGUUGUUGCCCUAGUUACCAGUAUUAGUUAUUAAUUAUGUUUAUUAAUGCUAGUUACUAUUAUUUGUUACUAAUAAUAUUCUUAUUGGUAUUAUUAUUAUUAUUAUUAUUGUUGCUGUUGUUGUUGUUGUUGUUGUUGUUGCUGUUGUUGUUGGUGUAGUUAUUAGUAUUAUUGUUAUCACUACUCUUGUUGUUAUUGUUAUUAUCAUCAUUAUUUUAUUAUUAUUAAGUUAGUGUGAGACACUUGUAUUAGUGUUUAUCUUCUCUGUAGCGGCGCGGUACUGCCGCUGUACAAUACAAUUCAUUAUGUUGUUGUACAUUAUAAUUUGUUUGCACUCCUGCCCUCUGCUCUACUGUACAAUACACCGUCAGAGAGCCUCGGCUCACGUGACUGUGUAUUGUAUGUACACCUUGAAAUACUUUAUACAGGUUUGCUUACUUGAUUACUUACUUAAUUACUUACUUACUUGCACACACACACACACACACACACACACACACACACACACACACAGUCAAGUCUUGCCUCGUGUUGUCUUGUCAAAUGGUUUGGACACAACACACGUGCCAUGCCGUGUGCCAUAGUGUCUCUUACUCCCAUCCACCUCUUUGUCUUGUCCCCACAUCCCGGUGCUCAGGCCGGCCACUUCAAGGCUCAACUCCCUCCCUCCCGCACUGAGCCUUGCAAACCACGUCUCUCCUGCCCUGCUCCUCACUUGGGAAAUUUCUUUGCAGGCUGCUGGCGAGAAGAACUGUGUCCCAAGCCCUCCACCAUGGCCGCCGCUCCGAAAGUUUGCGUCCGUCGCGCGAAGCUCAUCUUCCUGAUGGAGAACGCAGGCAAGGACGUCUUGACCUUCGUGUUGAAGCGCGGCGCGCUGAACGCCCCCGCCACGCCGCCAGGCCAGUCCCUCAUUGACUACCUUGACAACCUCCCUCAAGGCUCGACAGCCAACUAUGGCAGGAUGAGUAACAAACAAAAGAAAGCAGCACUGAACCACAGUUCAGUGCUGCUUAUCCUCUGACGUGACUACUUUAUUCAUUAUUUUUUGUAUCAUCAGCGAACUUAGAUACUUUACAGGUGAGGUCCUCAUCGAUAUCAUUAACGUAAAUAAGGAAAAGAACAGGGCCGAGCACAGAUCCCUGUGGUACACCACUUAAAACUUCUCGCCAGUUUGAAAAUGUACCAUUUAAAACAACGCGCUGCUUUCUCUCAGACAGCCAGUCUGAGACAGCCAAUUGAGAAGUUUUCCAUUUAUACCAUAUGACUUCAAUUUAGCUAGUAGCCGGAACUUUGUCAAAAGCUUCUUGAAAAUCUAGAUACACUAAAUCUACUGCCUUUGUUUCGUCGUAAAUGGUGAAAAUAUCAUUAAAGAAAUCAAGAAGAUUAGUUAGACAAGAACGUCUGUUUCGGAAGCCAUGCUGUGAGUCAUUGAUUAAAUCAUUUAUAUGUAGAUAGUUCACUACAUUGUUGCAAUUUAUUGUUUUCAUCAGUUCACAUACUACAGAUGUAAGGCUGAUAGGGAUGUAGUAGGAAGAAGAGGAGGAGGAGGAGGAGGAGGAGGAGGAAUAAGAGAACGAAGAGAAAAAGGAGAGCUAGAAGGAAGGCGAGAAAAGGAGGAGGAAGAGGAAGAUGAAGAGGAGGAGGAAGAAGAACAAAAAGACGAGGAAAAGGAGAGCUAGAAGGAAGGCGAGAAAAGGAGGAGGAAGAGAAAGAUGAAGAGGAGGAGGAAGAAGAACAAAAAGACGAGGAAAAGGAGAGCUAGAAGGAAGGCGAGAAAAGGAGGAGGAAGAGGAGGAGGAGGAGGAGGAGUUAUCUUUAUCAAUACUAUUAUGGAACAGUGAAUAAAGAAAUUAAUAAACAGAUAAGUAGUGUGUGUGUGUGUGUGUGUGUGUGUGUGUCCAGGCAGCACACAGGUGCACAACACUCGGCCAUUACAGGAGUCACCUUGAGAGGUUCAUGGGUCACUUAAGUGGUGCCGGCACACAGCUGCUGCAGGAGUGGCGGGACCUGGGGGUGCUCAGCCUGGCCGUGUGUGACCAAGACGCCCAAGAGGUUCUGGCCGCCAUCAGCGCCGUCCACGUGUCAUUGCCUCGGCUACACAUCCUCUGCCUACACGUCCCCGUGGGUGCCGUGAGGACACAGGCGUGCACCACACGGCUGCCUGGCUGCCCAGGGGUGUUCCUCGUGUUGUCUGGCGUGGACGAGAGGCUGCUGGAGGAGGCGGCCCAGAUAGCACAGCUCCUGCAGCCCACACAGCGCCCACUGGCAGCGGGGAUGGGUCGGAGUGUGAGCCGUGUGAGCGACUCAUCAAAAGCUACCCCAUCUGGUUCCUGCCUGACUUACAGCGAUCCGGCGCCGUUCACCUCCUGCAGGGACACAUCUAUACCCGCUCUCCCUCACACAGGACACAUCUAUAAUCUCUUUUAA